CGUUUUCAUCGCCACACUAUAUUUUCAUCCCUCGCCCUCCCACUCUGAUACAUCAUGGACAACGCACAGCUCAUACGAAGCAUCGAACAGAUGUUCUCGAAUAUGAACACUCAGUUCACGCGCCAGCUGGCCACCGUCCAGGAGAAGCUGACCGGGCAGGUUGAAGAGCUUCGGCAGGACGUUGCAGGAAUCAAGGUUCAGGUUGCAGACCUUCGGCAGGACGUUGCAGGAAUCAAGGUUCAGGUUGCAGACCUUCAGCAGGACGUUGCAGGACUUCAGCAGGACGUGGGAGGAAUCAAGGUUCAGGUUGCAGACCUUCAGCAGGACGUUGCAGGAAUCAAGGUUCAGGUUGCAGACCUUCAGCAGGACGUUGCAGGAAUCAAGGUUCAGGUUGCAGACCUUCAGCAGGACGUUGCAGGAAUCAAGGUUCAGGUUGCAGACCUUCAGCAGGACGUUGGAGGAAUCAAGGUUCAUGUUGCAGACCUUCAGCAGGACGUUGGAGGAAUCAGGGGCGAGGUUGCGGGCCUGCGCCUGGAUAUUGCCAAGCUGGACGAGACCGCGCAAGACAACCAUGCUUACACUAUUUCUAAGCUCUCAAAGGUAGCCCAAGAGGUGGAGGACAAGGUGGUUGUUAGGAUGCAGGACGAUGUAGCCACUCUCCGAAUGGAAGUGGAGUUGUUCAAGGGUCGUGUUAUUACAGUAUAGACCUCAACGUGGUCAAGUCGCAGAUCCAAUAUUGUGCUUGCAUCGAUGAAGGGUUAGCUCGUGCGUAGAGCACGCUGUAAAGACAUGAUGGUUCUGGCAAUGCUUGUCGAAUGCUAUGAUCUGCUGUGAUACCUGCGCUUUGUGUAUAUUACUACAAUUUGGUUUAUUUAUGUCCAUCCUUUAACAGCGAUAAAAGUGUGUCU